AUGAGCAAUAUCGAAGCUACAAUCAUUUGUAUAGAUAACAGCGAUUAUAACAUGAACGAAGAUAUCGUUCCGAAUCGGUUUAUGUCACAGAUCGAUUGUGUGAACAUACUAUGCUGCAACAAAACCAGUAUGCAUUACAAAAACAGUAUAGGAGUAUUAGUUAUGGCAGGAGAUGGAAUAAAAAUAAAAGUAUCUUUAACAAACGAUAUCGGACAGUUAUUAUCUUGUAUUCAUGGAAUAAAAAUAGAGGGUUCAUGCGAUAUAAUAAGAAGUUUGCUUAUUGCACAAUUAGCAUUAAAACAUAGAAUCGAUAAAAAUUUAGAACAAAAAAUAAUAAUAUUUAUUGGUAGCCCUAUAGAAGCUAAUGAAAAACAAUUAAUAAGUACCGGAAAGCAAUUAAAAAAAAAUAACAUAUCUAUUGAUAUAAUUAGUUAUGGAAAUGUAAAUAAAAAUAGAGAAAAAUUAAAUAAAUUAUUUGAAUCAAUAAAUAAUAAUGGAAAUUGUAGAAUCAUUGAAUGUCCAGAAGAUGAAGAUAAUUUAAGUACAUAUGUUUUAAACAAAAUUUUAAAUAAUAAUAAUUAUAAUAUGAACAAUUUAGAUGAAGAUGAACAAUUAUUAACAGCAAUGGAAUUAUCUAUGGGAUCAAAUAAUAAUACACAAAAUAUUCCAAACAAUAAUUCACAAUCUAAUAAUAUAAAUUCUAAAUCAAAUCAUAAUGAUUUACCAACUAUACAAGAUAUUGAAAACAUGAAAGAUAUUGAUAAUGAACUAAAGGAAGCAUUAUUAUUAUCUUUAAAAGAAUAUAACGAAAAAAAUAAAACAGAUAAUGAAAAUAGUAAAAUUAAUUCUGAAUCAAAAAAUGGGGAAAAUGAAAAAAAUGGGGAAAAUAUUACAAUAGUUAGUGAAGAAUAUAAAAAUGUUUUUGAUAAUGAAAAAACAGAUGCACAAACAAAACAAAUAGGAGAAAAAAAAGAAAACGAAAGUUAUGAAAAAGUAUUUAAAAUAUGUAAAGAUGAAAAUAUAGAAGAAGAUAAUAAUAAAUUUCAAAUAAAUUCAAAUAUUUAUAUCAAUACAGAAGAUAAUAUUAAGAAUAUAAAUAAAGAAACAACAGAUGACAAAAAUACAUCUUCUAUUCAAGAUACAAAUUAUAUAUCUCAAAUUUUGGAGCAAAUACCAGGAAGUUCAGCUAAUUUGCUUGAUAAAAAUGCAGAUGCCGAAAAAGAACCUGGCACUAAGGAGCCUGACACUAAGGAGCCUAAGUAG